GGGGAGAGGCCGGGGAAUCGGGCGGUGGAGGGUCCGCUCUGUAAGCUCCACAGCUGCGGUUCUUCCGUGGAAGGAGGGCCCGAGUUCUGUUCUUCGCCGCUGCAGUCACGAAGGGCUCCUGCCAACCGUUGCCUGCAUGGGCCUGAGCAGCCUGUCUGCGAGCAAGCCGUGGCAUUUAAAAAACGUUUAACCAUUCAUGAGUUGAGCCUCAUUCUUGAGUUAUGGAUGACAAGGCCUCUGUUGGAAAAAUCAGUGUCUCUUCAGACUCAGUGUCUACUCUCAAUAGUGAAGAUUUUGUCUUGGUUUCCAGGCAAGGAGAUGAGACACCAUCUACAAAUAAUGGGAGUGAUGAUGAGAAGACGGGACUUAAGAUUGUAGGGAAUGGAAGUGAGCAGGAGCUUCAGAAAGAGCUAGCAGAUGUGCUGAUGGAUCCUCCCAUGGACGACCAGCCAGGGGAAAGGUCACAACUGGAUGGUGAAGGAGAUGGGCCUCUUUCUAAUCAACUCUCAGCUUCGUCCACCAUUAAUCCUGUCCCUCUGGUAGGGCUUCAGAAGCCAGAGAUGAGCCUGCCAGUGGAACCUGGACAAGGAGAUUCUGAAGUGUCAAGUCCUUUCACACCAGUGGCUGAUGAGGAUAGUGUGGUUUUCAAUAAACUAACUUAUUUAGGCUGUGCCUCAGUAAAUGCUCCCCGAAGUGAAGUAGAAGCCUUGAGGAUGAUGUCCAUCUUGAGAAGUCAGUGUCAGAUUUCUCUGGAUGUAACCCUCUCAGUGCCGAAUGUAUCUGAAGGAACUGUGAGACUUUUAGAUCCUCAAACGAACACUGAAAUAGCAAACUACCCUAUCUACAAAAUCCUCUUCUGUGUCAGAGGGCACGAUGGGACUCCUGAGAGUGACUGUUUUGCAUUCACUGAAAGUCACUACAACGCAGAGCUCUUCAGGAUACAUGUCUUUCGCUGUGAAAUACAAGAAGCUGUAAGCCGGAUACUUUACAGUUUUGCCACCGCCUUCCGCCGUUCUGCCAAGCAGACCCCACUCUCAGCCACAACUGCACCACAGACUCCUGACAGCGACAUCUUUACCUUCUCUGUGUCUUUAGAAAUAAAAGAAGAUGAUGGUAAAGGUUAUUUUAGUGCUGUUCCCAAAGACAAGGACAGGCAAUGCUUUAAACUUCGCCAAGGAAUUGAUAAGAAGAUUGUCAUCUGUGUGCAGCAAACAGCUAAUAAAGAACUUGCCAUUGAAAGGUGCUUUGGUCUUCUCCUUAGCCCAGGAAAAGAUGUCCGAAAUAGUGAUAUGCACUUGUUGGAUUUGGAAUCUAUGGGCAAAAGUUCAGAUGGAAAGUCAUAUGUUAUUACUGGAAGCUGGAAUCCAAAAUCCCCACAUUUUCAAGUUGUGAAUGAAGAAACUCCUAAAGAUAAAGUUCUGUUCAUGACAACAGCUGUGGAUUUGGUGAUAACUGAAGUACAAGAACCUGUUCGAUUUCUUCUGGAGACAAAAGUUCGAGUGUGCUCACCUAAUGAAAGGUUAUUCUGGCCCUUCAGCAAACGGAGCACUACUGAAAACUUCUUUCUAAAACUGAAGCAGAUAAAGCAGAAGGAGAAAAAGAAUAAUGCUGACACUUUAUAUGAAGUUGUGUGUUUGGAAAGUGAGUCAGAGAGAGAGAGGAGGAAAACUACAGCCAGUCCUUCAGUUCGCCUGCCACAGUCUGGAUCCCAGAGCUCCAUGAUCCCCUCUCCUCCAGAAGAUGAUGAAGAAGACGAUAAUGAUGAACCUCUCUUGAGUGGAUUUGGAGAUGUAUCCAAAGAGUGUGCAGAAAAAAUUCUGGAAACUUGGGGAGAACUGCUGUCAAAAUGGCAUCUCAACUUGAGUGUGAGACCAAAGCAGUUGUCAUCCUUAGUGAGAAGUGGUGUUCCUGAAGCUCUUCGUGGAGAAGUCUGGCAGCUGCUAGCAGGCUGCCACAACAACGAUCACUUGGUAGAAAAGUACCGAAUUCUCAUCACAAAGGAGUCUCCCCAAGACAGUGCUAUCACCAGAGAUAUUAACCGCACAUUUCCAGCUCAUGACUACUUCAAGGACACAGGGGGAGAUGGACAAGAUUCCUUAUAUAAAAUAUGCAAGGCAUACUCUGUGUAUGAUGAAGAGAUUGGUUACUGCCAGGGCCAGUCCUUCCUCGCCGCUGUGCUGCUUCUCCACAUGCCCGAAGAACAGGCAUUCAGUGUUCUGGUCAAGAUCAUGUUUGACUAUGGUCUCAGGGAACUUUUCAAGCAAAAUUUUGAAGAUCUACACUGCAAGUUCUACCAGUUGGAGCGCCUCAUGCAGGAAUAUAUUCCUGAUCUAUACAACCACUUCCUGGAUAUCAGCCUUGAAGCACACAUGUAUGCCUCCCAGUGGUUCCUUACACUUUUCACUGCAAAAUUCCCUCUCUACAUGGUCUUCCAUAUCAUCGACCUGCUCUUAUGUGAGGGAAUAAGUGUCAUCUUUAAUGUUGCCCUUGGAUUACUAAAGACUUCCAAGGAUGAUUUGCUGUUGACGGACUUUGAGGGUGCCCUGAAGUUCUUCAGGGUUCAGCUCCCUAAAAGAUACCGCUCAGAAGAAAAUGCAAAGAGGCUCAUGGAGCUAGCCUGCAACACAAAGAUUAGCCAGAAGAAGCUGAAGAAGUUUGAAAAGGAGUACCAUACCAUGAGGGAGCAGCAGGCCCAACAGGAAGACCCCAUCGAGCGAUUUGAGCGGGAAAAUAGGCGACUACAGGAAGCUAACAUGAGGUUGGAGCAGGAAAAUGACGACUUAGCUCAUGAGCUGGUCACCAGCAAAAUUGCAUUGCGGAAGGACUUGGAUAAUGCAGAGGAGAAGGCGGAUGCAUUGAAUAAGGAGCUGCUGAUGACCAAGCAGAAGCUGAUUGAUGCAGAAGAUGAGAAGAGGAGGUUAGAAGAAGAGUCUGCACAGUUAAAGGAAAUGUGCCGCCGGGAACUUGACAAGGCAGAAUCAGAGAUUAAAAAAAAUAGCUCUAUCAUUGGUGACUAUAAGCAGAUUUGUUCUCAACUGAGUGAAAGACUGGAAAAGCAACAGACAGCCAAUAAAGUGGAAAUUGAGAAAAUCCGGCAAAAGGUAGAUGACUGUGACCGCUGCCGAGACUUCUUCAACAAAGAAGGGCGAGUGAAGGGUACCAGCUCAGCCAAGGGAGUUUCAGAUGAGGACACAGAUGAAGAAAAAGAGACACUCAAGAACCAGCUGCGGGAGAUGGAGCUAGAGCUGGCACAAACCAAACUGCAGUUGGUAGAAGCUGAGUGCAAGAUCCAGGACUUGGAACACCACUUGGGCCUUGCCCUCAGUGAGGUGCAAGCAGCCAAGAAGACUUGGUUUAACCGAACACUGAGCUCCAUAAAAACAGCAACGGGCGUUCAAGGGAAAGAGACAUGCUGAGAAUAGCUGCUGCCUCCAGACACCUCCAGAAAACACACCACCUUUUGUUGCCUUCUUUGGCCAGAUGUGUGAUUCUGUGAUAUGUUGCAGGACCAGAAUGUACCUAGGUCAGAGCUGUCUAGUAUGUUGGUAGGUCAGUGGGCCAGAGCUCCUGCAGCAGGCUGCCAACCCAACUGAUGCUUUGGGCAUGCACCAGAGUCCUUCCUUCUUCCUAGUGCCAUUCAGGCCUCUUUUCUGUAUAGGAACACUUCACAUAGCCAGAGUUGGGGUAUCCCCCAAUGUAUUGGGUUUUCUUUUUCUAAACCCUUUAAAAAAAAAUGUGUACACACACACACUAUCCUUUGAGUGGGGGAGCAGGGAUUCAGAAAAUAGAGUAAUUCUGACAGAUGUCAGUGCCAGCAAAAGCCCCCAGAGAGAUGAAAAGCACUUUGAGUAGAAGGGUCUCGGAGUCACAGUUAAAGUCACCUAAUUUUGUUAACUAAUAUAGUGCAUAAGUUUUGAUUUGGAAUUAUUCACAUUGCUGAGCAAUUCUAUGCAACUCUCAUAGUCGUGUCUUUUUUUUAAAAAAACAAAAACAAAAACAAAACAAAAAAUUAGCUGCCAAAGCUACUUCCUAAGGCUGGAAUGGGCCACAUGACUGUGAGACUGAAUCAAUCAUGACAUGGACAGCUUUUACUUUGUUUAAAGUGUCAUGUGUACAUAUAUAUGUGUGUAUAUAUAUAUGUGUGUGUGUGUGUGUGUUUAUAAAUAUAUAUGUAUAUAUAAAUACCAUUCCCAGUACCCUAUACUGACAGUGUUUAAAUCCCAGACAACCUGCUAAUCUACCACUGCCAUCUGUGGUUAUGGGGCAGUUCCUUGACCUCUAAUGUUUGCAAAGCAGGUUGUUCAAGUGAGGAAGACUGAAUAUAUGAACUUAUAUACACACGGUCCUACUUUCCUGGCUGGAUCUCUGAAGCUUCCCAGAGUGUUCAGGUAUGGAUCUUACUGGUCAGAUGAUGGGCUGUGGAUUCUCACUUUAAAGCUAUGAAAUGGCUGUUUUAGCACCUUUUUUAAAUUAAAAACAAAACCUUUUGACUCUUUAAUUUAUAUGCUGACAAGCGGUCUCACAAGUGGCUCAUCCUCUCUGCUCUGUGUGGAGGUAGCUUGGGUUUGUAUAUAAAGAAAGACACAAGUUAUUUUCUCUUUCUCUGUUGGCUUUACUAAUGCUUGAUGAGGUCAUCUACAGUGGGGAGAUAAUAAGUGGCCUGUUCUUCCCCAGACCAUUCCCUACCACUUCCUGUGUCUGUCUUUUUCAGUUAACCAAAACAGCCGUAAGUCCAUCUAAAACUAGGUGUGUGGACAUUGUGUGCUAGGGUAGUUUGUGCGUCAGCUUUAUGAACUGAAAUAUAAACCAGUAAAAUUGUAUUACUAUUUCUUUUGUUUGUUUUAACAGCAUAUUCAUUAAAUAUUUUGGUACAAACAGCAA